AUGGGGUGCUGGUUUGAAGUCCACGCCUCUCUGAAGCUGCUGGAGCAGAGGGACCCCCGGCGAGAGGGUUUCCACGAUGGUGCAGUGGUCUCCCACCCCAGCCCACCCUCAGCACACCCCACAAGGCUAUGCUGGUGGCAAGCCCUCCUUGAAUGUGUGGUUAGUUGGACUGGUGAUGUCUGUGAGUGGAUGAUUCAGGGAGCCAGAGCUGAAACCCUCAGCUUGGCAUGGAGACCAGCUCCCCUGUUGUCCCUGGGUUCAUCUGAUGCUGGCUUGGAAGGUGUGGGCACCAUUUGGACCAGUUCUUUCAUCUCUGCUGAGAGUAGCAGUGACAGCAUUGAGUGGGGAGGAAAACUUUCCAGUGAAGGCCCCUUUCAGGGCUGA